GUCACAAACCCGACACCUUUGAACCUGUUGAUCUCAUCUCCGGUCCUGAGUGUGAUCUGUUGAACGAUGAGGCAUAUGCCAAUCUUAGGGCACAUCCCACUCAGAAGGGCAAGCGCUUGACAGACGGCGCCUUUGCUAGCAGGCUCACAGCGGAGUAUCCACCCCAGCUGGCGCGCGUGCUUGCUGAGUUCUUUCAGCCGUUUCUCACUCCCCAAAACAGAAUUGUGACCAUUUCUGCGUGGCGUGCACGGCUGCCAACCAAACCGGCCUGGCAAGUGUCCAACGUCCGGGUGGAGGAUGGUGGUGGUCUGCUUAGCACGGCAGACUGGCUGCGACCGCGCUCUGGGGAUCACUUGUCCAGCUUGCGGCGUGCGUGGUCGCAACGGCUACUGACGGAUGGCCUGUGCAACAAGAUUGCUCGGCACUUCUCUGCAGCCCCUGAAGCCCCGCCACUGGAUGACGCUGAGCUCCAACCUUUCCUGGCUGACCUAUGCCACUUCUUCUCUGUGAGUGAUAGGGAAUCCUUCCUGAGCAUUUCACCGGGUCAGCCAUUCCGGCUAGGUGUUUUCCAGAGGCUCCUCCGAUGCACGCAGGAUCCAGAAGAAUGUCUCUGCCCAAUGCUUGCAGAAGGUGUACGUCUAGGUGUUGGUGUCCCACUUGCACCCAGCAUCCAUUCAACGUUGCAUGGCUCGUCCGCACAAGUGGAUCUCACGAUUUGCGAGGGUAGCUGGGCGUCCGCCACUUCCCAUCCAACUGAGGUGGAAACCCUCCUGGCUGAAGAGCUCAAAGCAGGCUAG